GCUAGUAGUACUGCUCUCCAUCUUUUCUUGCCUUCAUCGAUCUUUCCCUGGGCAAGAAGACCUCUCAUCACCUAGCUGGAUCAAUCAUGGCCUUCUUCUUCUCUGUUCCUUAUUAAUUGCAAGAUUAACUGCAGUACACAGAAGUUCUUGGUGACUGAAGAACAGACUAAGAAGCCAUGGAGAACUCACCAUCACAAGUCUUCUUGGAAACAACCUUCUGCUGUGCUCAAACACCAAAGGCUGGCCACUCGUCUUCUCGCCUACAACACCGUCACUCACGAAGUGUUACAUGCACACAUGGAAAUUCAUUGGAGAUAUCACCGCGAUUUUCUUAUCACAAACCUACAACCAAUCAGGAAAAGAUGCCUCGUAGAAGAUACUCGCUUAACUUACCAGAGCAUUUGCCUGACCAUCACAUGAUUGCUUCAGCAGAACAAAAUGAAAAGGCUAUUUCAAAGCCUGUCGCAGACUUGGUUUGGGAGAUAGCAGCCCUUGAGGAGGAAGUUGUUCGGAGGGAAUUGCAUUUGCUUUCCCUGUACAGAGCAACAUUUGAUCAAUACCUGGGUAUCUCCCCUCGUGUUUCUGGUCAGGUGGAUCAAGAAACACGCCGUCAAGGCACUAGAAAGAAAGCUGAUGAGGGUGCUCUCCGAUUGAGAGAUAUCAAGGAGUCGGCAUCCUACAACUUGCCAACAAUUUCAAAUUCAAAACGUUAUUCACAGGGGUUGUCAAGAUCAUCUUCAGGGCAUUCUAGUCUUGCAAAUUUCUUGAGUGCUUCCAUCGCUGAAUAUGUGCCAAGGAUUUCAUGUAAGCUUUCGGAGGACAUUCUAAGAUGCAUUUCUGCAGUUUACUUCAAACUUGCGGGCCGCCCAUCACAAGAUGCAGACUCUGAGACUUUGUCAACCCCUUCUUUCUCCUCUGCAUCAAGUACAUUUUCUCUAAAGCACCGUGUCGAUAGUUGGAGCCCCCGAUUUCAUUACAAUGUCGAAACAAGCUCUGACAAAUAUGGUUCAUUGAAUGAGAACAAUGAACAAUACAGUGGGAUGAUAAUUUGUCCAACGAUACAUAUAGAUGCAGACAAGUUUGACUAUGCUUCUAAAAUGCUAGAAACUAUCAGAGCACUGAUAAAACGACUAGAGAAAAUCAAUCCUACAAAGAUGGCACAUGAGGAGCAGCUCUGUUUCUGGAUCAACAUCCACAAUGCUUUAGUGAUGCACGCUUUUAUGGCUUAUGGACUUCAGGACAGACGCAUGAAAAGCUCAGACAUGAUUCUGAAGGCUGCAUAUGACGUGGGUGGGCAUUCAGUGAACUCCCAAAUUAUUCAAAACUCGAUUCUUGGAUGUCAAUCACAUCGUCCUUCACCGUGGGUUCGAACGCUAUUUACGCCCACAAAAAAAUCAGCAUCAGGGAGCUUCACACAUAUAUAUGCUCUUCGUCAGCCAGAGCCGCUUGCUCACUUUGCUCUUUCCACUGGAGCAUUUUCAGAUCCACCUUCUCUGCAGGUAAGGUUGUACACAACCAAGAAAAUAUUUCAUCAAUUGGAUCAAGCCAGGACUGAGUUCACUCGAGCCAAUGUUAUGGUCAGGAAACAGAUCAUCUUUCUUCCCAAAGUUCUCCACUACUAUGCAAAGGAUGCUAGUCUGGAGUUGCCUGAUCUUGUUGAGAUGGUGUGCAAUAGUAUGUCUGAAGCCCAACAAAAGGAAAUCAGGCAAUGUCUUAGGAGGAGGAUAGACAAGUGUGUUGAGUGGUUGCCCUACAAAUCUUCUUUCAGAUACACUGUACACAAGAAUUUGGCUGAGUAGGCACUGCUUUCCUUUUUUCCUUUUCAAAAUUGUGUUUGUAAGUAAAGAACUGGAAAUAUUUGAUUGGUGUGCAUGUAUACUUGUAAAUAGAUGAUUGGCACAGUUUCCAAGGUGCAUGAUUGUGACUCAGUUGUGUA